AGGAGCCCAGGGGAGGAAAAUUUGGAUAAAUAGUAGUCGUCCCUUCCUCCUCUCUCACCUGGGGACCUCUCCUUUGAGUGAAAAGCUGCGAGUGACCCAUGUGUCUUGCUUACUAAAGUACAGAUCACCCUCUGGGAGGGGUGCCAUUGAUCGUUUGGCAUCUCUGAUCCUUUGGAGGAAACUGGUCAUGAUCCUUCAGGUGCUGCAUCAGGAAAAUAUCUCUGAAGAGGGCAAUCCUUUGGUCUUUCUCCUGGCCCUGGGUCCUAAGAAUUCAGGGUAUUUUACAGACAUCACCUCUUAUAUGGAGUCAUUUUCUUUCCUCUCUUUUUCUUUGGCGUAGAGGACUCUGUGUAGGUGUUUUUGUAAAUAGUCCCUUUUCAACCCUCCUGCCAAACCACAGAGAGAUUCAUCAGAAACAGAGCAGAGAGCUUUCAGACGUCUCUAAAAUGCCCCCCCUCCCCCAUGGAGAGGGUUUAUAACACGCGGCUUGUAAUAUCAAGCAAGGCUACCUUUCCUAUCCUGAAUUUAGGAAAUACACAACAUGCCUGCUCUCCAACGUGUUAUUCUCUAUGUAUUGUGUGUGUUUCACGGGAACACAGACGCUCAGAUGCAUUUAAAUUUAUUUGUUUGUUUAGUUCUAUUUCUUAAGGAAAGUCUCUGGAGCAAAAGAAGAGUGACAGCCAAGGCAUCUCAGUGACUUAAGGACUAAGGGAAGUGUAGAAGGCAGCUAUGCCGGGGUCCUUCAUCGUAAUUCAGGACUGCACUCACUCACUCACGUGUUGACUGGAGUAGUACUGAAACUGACUACCGUGAAGUUCCGUCCCGCAGCUGCAGAACUGGAUUUUCUUUGAGUUUUAGAUUCACAGGCCCUUUCUUCCCCAUAACCUGCCCACUCUGCCUUGGACAAGCUAUGGCAGCAGAUGAAGGUUUACUUCUCAAUAUUUCAGAGGACUGGACCUCCCCGGGCUUUCACUACUCAGAGCACAAGAAGUUCUCCAGAUCCUUCGGAGACAAGGAGAGAAGGGGAACACCAAAGCAAGCAAAAGGUACAAAAAGAAAAUUCCAAGGGGCCAGUGAGGGGCCCCCAGCAAAACAAAAGAAUGAAAUAUCCUUACCCCAUGCCAAGAAAACCAAUGUUAAAGAGGUUGAAAGGACCGUGAAGGCAAAGCCAGAAGGUCUGAUUUCUCCCAAGAAGCACCCAGCCGUCCAUACUAAUGAGGGGCAAGUGGAGAGGCCAUUCAUUAAGACUUCGUCAUUAUUUAAAAACAACCCUGAAAUUCCAGAAAUCCACAGAGCUAUGGUGAAGCAGGUACGGGAAAAAGUGUUUACUUCAGAUUCUUUUCAUGACUUGGGCCUCCAUCCACACCUGGUUUCAACAAUAAGUACUGUCCUGAAAAUGUCCAGCAUGACCAGUGUUCAGAAGCAAAGUAUUCCUUCAUUGCUAGAAGGCAGAGAUGCUCUUGUGAGAUCCCAGACAGGAUCAGGUAAAACGCUUGCCUAUUGCAUCCCUGUGGUUCAGUCUCUUCAAGCAAUGAAGUCAAGAAUACAGCGCAGUGAUGGCCCCUAUGCUCUGGUAUUAGUGCCAACAAGAGAGCUAGCUCUACAGAGCUUUGAUACCAUCCAGAAACUGCUUAAGCCAUUUACCUGGAUUGUGCCUGGAGUGUUAAUGGGGGGAGAGAAGAGAAAAUCAGAAAAGGCCAGGCUUCGCAAAGGCAUAAACAUCCUAAUCUCUACUCCUGGACGUCUGGUAGAUCACAUUAAAUCUACCAAAAACAUUCACUUCAGUCGAAUACAGUGGUUGAUUAUUGAUGAGGCAGACAGGAUUCUGGACUUGGGUUUUGAGAAGGACAUCACAGUGAUUUUGAACGCCAUAAAUUCAGAGUGUGAGAAACGUCAGAAUGUUCUGUUGUCAGCCACUCUUACUGAGGGUGUAACGAGGUUGGCAGAUAUCAGUUUGCACAAUCCAAUCAGUAUUUCUGUAUCAGAUGAAACCUGUGACCAGCACAUCAGAGGAUGCAGAGCAACUAGAGAAGUCGGCCACCUACAAGCCAGUUCUGAGCCAGACAGCUUUGCUGUGCCUGAGAAACUCCAACAGCAUGUGACACUGGUUCCCAGCAAACUGAAGCUUGUCACACUAGCAGCCUUCAUUCUUGGAAGAUGUGAGUUUGAAAAAAACCAGAAGCUGAUUGUCUUUUUCUCGAGCUGUGAGCUGGUCGAGUUCUACUACCACCUAUUCCUCCAGACCCUGCUGAGCAACUCCACAGCCCCCGCAUCAGGGCAGUCACCAUCUGCCUCCUCCCGAUUAAAAUUCCUGCGUCUGCAUGGCAACAUGGAACAGGAGGAAAGAACAGCAGUUUUUCAGGAGUUCUCACAAUCCAAAUCAGGCAUCUUGCUUUGUACGGACGUUGCAGCUCGGGGCUUAGAUCUCCCUCAGGUCACAUGGAUUGUUCAGUACAAUGCUCCAUCUUCACCUGCAGAAUACAUCCACCGGAUUGGGAGAACCGCCCGGAUUGGCUGCCAUGGGAGCAGCCUGCUCAUUUUGGCUCCUUCGGAGGCAGAAUAUGUCAACUCGUUGGCUUCUCACAAAAUCAAUGUAUGCGAGAUAAAGAUGGAGGAUAUUUUAUCUGUUUUGGCAAUGGAUGAUCGUUUUAAAGCAAGACGAUGGGAGAACAAGAAAUCCCGCAGUGUUGGCCCCCAGGAAAUCCGAGAGCGAGCCACUGUCUUGCAGACAGCAUUUGAAGAUUACGUGCAUGCCAGUGCGGAGAGGGUCUCCUGGGCAAAGAAAGCUCUUCAGUCUUUCAUCCGUGCCUAUGCAACCUACCCCAAGGACCUGAAGCACAUUUUUCACGUCCGGUCCCUCCAUCUCGGUCAUGUGGCCAAGAGCUUUGGGUUGAGAGACGCCCCCCAGAAUCUGAGUGCCUCUUCAGGAAGCAAAAGAAAAUCGAAGCUGAAAAGGCCUGACCUUCAUAAGAAGACCCAGAGUAAACACCGUCUUGCUGAAAUCUUGCGUUCAGAAUACUCAAGUGGGAUGGAAGCUGGCGACACCAAGGUCAAAAAGCAAAACAAACAUGGAAAACCCAGCAACCACACACCGCAGAGCUGAGUUGGAACUCCCAACCUUUGCUGUGGGGGGGGGAAGGAAAAGAAAAUCAGUGGAAAAGCUCACAAAGAUGUUCUGUGGGCCAGUGAGACUUAGCUAAGACGUCUCAAAAACGGCCUCUGUACAUAGUACUGAGCCUCAAGAUGGAUCCUGGAAGUUCUGAAUUGGUAAAUGUGUUCUAUUUUUGUCAGAGGAACCCUUUUAAAAAUGAGCAUGUUUCUCUUUUCCUGCAUACCAAAUUUCAAAACAUUAUGAUUGAAACCACAGCCAUGAUCUUGUGUGUGGAGAUAGAAACCAAGAGAAGUAACAUCACAUGACUAAUUAGCUAAUUAGUUGAUAUUUCUAUUCAUUCCAUUGACGCUGGAAGCUGAUCAGUCCUUUAAGUGAGCAGUAGUAAAAAUGAAAGACAAAAGAACUCCAUCCUAAGUCACUGAACACUUCUGGACAUGCCAAACAAUAAAAGCCUACAAUGACACAGGCCAGUCUAUAAAGCAUAUUAACCCUGCUGUCACAUACCAGUGUUUUGGCUGAGUUCUACUGUUUUAUUUUUGUACUGUUUGAUACCUUUGGUCUUAUUUAUAAAGAACAAUUUGUAACACGAA